AUGUCGCUGCACAUCUACAUUGCUCACACGGGCGAGCAUUUCCUGGCAGACCCCGUAGCUUUCGCCUCGUAUGUCCAUUCCUUACCUCAUUACUUCCGCUUUAUGGUACUAUGUGAUCACCAGCUGACGCAGUUCAUUGUCUCUAGUCCCGAUGCUUUGAAGUUAUGGAUUGUUCGCCAUACUUCUAUCCCACCGCCACGGCAAAUUUUGAUGACCGCCCGGGGAAAGAAUGUGAAAAUACAAACUCUCGCUACCGAGAACGAGAUCUUUGUAUACGACCGACAAUAUAUUAGCGAACCAGGUGACGUCGAGUUUCCAGAACUGCCCCCGCCUGAGCCAUUUCAACCUGGUAGUCCUCCAGCAACUCUCAAAGACCAAAACGACCUGCAGGCAUGGCGAAACCUUUAUAUGGCACGGCGGAACUGGGCACUGGAUUUGUCUAGCCGCUGUGGAUCAAUUGAUAAGAGCAUCCGAGAACAUAACGAGCGGACCGAUAUUAUCAACCGGGCAGUUGGCGUGGCUCUCGAGAAUCUCAAGUCUCAUGUCGGCAACUUAGAACAUCGGUUCCAAGAGGCGCAGUCAUGGGCGAACAAUCUUUUGGAAGAGCAGCGGGUGGCCCUGGAUGGCUGGCAGCAAGCUCUUUCCACGUUGGACAACAUACCAGCGCGCAAGGAUUUUCCGCUCUUAGGACGUCCGUCCACCCCUAAGAUGGACAAGGACCGGUCAACCGGAACACUUCGUGACUUCGUUGACGUGGACGAGGUUCAACGGGCUGGAGCAGAGGCAGCGACUGUGUCGCCGAUCUUUGCUGACAACGUCCAGGGCAUUGAGGACACUAUCGGCGGUAUUGCUUCAGAUACUCAGCAAUUGGCGAACGAGGCACUUACUCCGGAUUUUGAAGGGGUGGACGGACUCCUUGAGGAGGUAGAGACCAUCGCCAAGAAGAUCGGAUCAGAUUAUGAACAUGUCCUUGGUCUUCCAAACAAUCAAAAGACGUUAGCCAAUAUAUCACGGCUUGCAUUCAAUCACACCCAAGACCUACUUCCAUCCCUGGCAGAGUUCGGGGCAGAGCUUCAAGCCGGACUAGAGCAGGCUGUGCAGCGCCGAGGAACCGCGGAGAGAACGGCCAUCGAACACAUGCGCACGAUUUCCUCCCUUGAAUCCAGGCUUGCCGAUGCUCAUGGGCGACUAGUCAAUUUGGAUGUGGAUAGCAACGCCUUCGAUGUGAUCUACUCUGUUUUCCAAAUGCCAAUGGUUUAUGGGUCCAUUCUCAUUGAAUCUGUGCGGCGACGAGAGUGGAGCGAAAAGAUCAAAACCGACUCUUUGACUCUAGCCGAGGAGAUGGCGAUUUUGAGAGAUGAAGAACAACGCCGAAGAAAGAAAUGGCUGAAAAAUAUGGGUGACUUCAUGACCGUCACGGAUUCCACUACUCCAGGGAUCGAAGUGAAUCUUCAGGGCCAAGAUGACCAGUGGCCCGAAGUAGCUAGGAAAGAGAUUGAGUAUUAUAUUGACGAUUUAAAGACGACUCAUUCCAUGGCAAAUCUCGCGGAAGAGCUGAGCCAACAACUCAAGGAGCUGGAUUCACCAACUCGACAGCAGAGAAGGCGAGCCAAGGCGUUCAAACAAGGCAGUGUUUUUGACUUGAGCCGCAGCUCUAUAUUACGUGCGGAUGACUCCGUUCGAAGUCUGCAAGAAGAGAAGACAAAAUUGGAAGAGAAACUCAAAGGGUCUGACAGUCGCGUCCGGAAGUUGGAAGAUCUUCUACAUCGCCAAAGUCAGAUGAGUCGGCCAUCGAGUGGUAAUUUUGGCCCGGACUUCCCUGGUUCCCCUGCUUCUCCGCAUCCCGAUGCACUCUCAAGGCGAUCCUCCGUCUCGUCAAGACGAGUCUCAGCAACCCAGUCUUCCGAAGACAAGGCACUUAUUCAGCGUAUUGUUAUCCUCGAGGCGGAAUUGGCGCGGCUUCACAACGAAACCCACGCCGAACGUCAAACCAACUCAGAUAAGUUCCAAGAAGCCCAAUCUACCAAAAAAGACCUAAUUGGCAACCUCGAAGCUCGCCAACGCGAAUUUGAAGAUGAACGCCGCUAUAUGGACGCGGAGUUGAAGAAAUUUAGGCUUCGUACGGAGGAAAUGGAGGAAGAGCUCGACCGACUCAUGGAUAGCCGAGAAAAUGGCACACAAGAAGCUUACGAGCGGAUACAGCAACUCGAGAUCGAGCUCCAGGAGGCGCAUGCCAACUCUACCGAAGACAGACAAAAGAUUAUUGAUCUUAAUGCAGAUAUCCAGACCAGACAGGAGAAAGAAAAAACCCUGCUUUCCAAGGUUCAUGAUCUUGAAAGUCAGCAAUCGGAGUUGCAGCAAAAUCAUCAAGACAAUUACCGGGCUCUCCAGGCUGUUUUCAUGAAACUGUCACCCGGAGAAACCGCGCCCGCCGAACUUUCAGAUAUCAUCAAAGCCAUCAAGGUUUUGUCUGAGGACCUGUCAAUCCGCGCCAAAAGCGCAGAGGAAAAUGCGACUCUAGCAAUUGCUGAGAACAAGACCUUUGGACAGCAGAUUAUCAAAUUUGAGUCCGAAGUAGAAGAGCGGACGAAGAGCUUGGAAGAAUGCGAGUCUAAAUCAUCGAAACUGGCCAAGGAUCUUUCCGAUGCCUUACAUAACAAGAUUGCACAAGAUCGAAAACAAGCAGACUUAGCUCAGAAGCUGGUCGAGGCCGAGAAUCAAGCUCUGGAAUUGAAGGACCAAGCCGCUGAGUGGAAGAGAAAGGCAGGGACCCCUUCGGAGACAGAGCAACAGGCUGUGGCGCGGUCUGAGGCUCGGGGUGCCAAGUCAUAUGAGCUCUCCAAACAAUUAAUCACCCAGGUUGAGAAGCUAGGUCGAAUGCUCGAGCAAUUAGGCUUCACUAUAAUUCAACAGGAGGGCCAGCUUGUUGUGCAGCGUGCUUCAAAGCUCACCGCUUCUUCAAGCCUGGGUGAAAGUCUUGCUCAAUCAGGCAUUGUGUCCUUGAAGCCUGACCCCGCGCUUCUGGGCUGGAUGCGAGCCGAAAGCGUGGAGAAUGAAGAAUCCCUUUUCAUUGCUUUCAUGGAAAGCUUGGCUCAAUUUGAUGUCGGCGUUUUUGGUGAUGUUGUUGUGAAGCGCGUGAAGGACAUCGAAAUCCUGGCGCGCAAGUGGCAGAAAGAAGCCAGAGGCUACCGUGACAAAUACCACCGCAUCCAGAGCGAAGCUCAUGACAAGAUUGCCUAUCGAUCUUUCAAGGAGGGCGACCUUGCUCUCUUCCUUCCCACUCGCAACCAGGCCAUUCGCUCUUGGGCAGCCUUCAACGUGGGCGCGCCUCACUAUUUCCUCCGCGAACAAGAUUCCCAUAAGCUUCAAGCCCGAGACUGGCUCCUCGCUCGCAUUACCAAGAUCGAGGAGCGAGUUGUAGAUCUUUCCAAGUCAAUGAGUGGUGUUGUUCCAGACCGGCGCUCCCUCGGAGACGCCAGCGACGGCGCCUCCCUGGAUGACGAGAAUCCGUUCGAGCUAUCAGACGGCCUACGUUGGUACCUACUAGAUGCCGUGGAAGAGAAGCCCGGUGCGCCUGCUACCCCAGGUAUAGCGAAGAGCACAGUUGCUUCGGCGCAUGUUGACGCUAAGGGUAGCAUCCGUCUCAAGCGUGGUACAGACGAAGGUGGCGUGGCCAAGACCCUAUCCAGGAGCCUUGACAGCCGCCGCGAUAGCUCGAAUUCUAAACGCGGGACCCCAACACCAUCACAGCAUGCCGUGGAGUCCACCACUGACCUAGUUCGGCCUGCCGAAGGUGAUGCCGGCUCGCGGCAUAGGGAGGCAGCUCCGACCGACGAGGUUCGCCGUGACCAGCUCUCCGGCCCGUGA